AUGACUACUGAAUUGACAUUGAAAUUAGGAGACAUUAAUGUCAAUGUAUUAGCAAAGAUGGUGUAUGAAGAGAAUCGUUUGCAAACCUUUCUUAAACAUGGGCAAUGGCCUUUCUUGAAAGAUUGCAACUGCACGCCGGAAAAGAUGGCCACAGCUGGCUUCUUUUGGUGUGGAUCUGAUGAUCAGCCAGACCUAGUAAGGUGCUUUGUCUGCCUUAAAGACUUUGAAGGCUGGGAGCCCGAUGAUAUCCCAAAGGAUGAGCAUAAAAGACUCUGCCCACAAUGUCCCUAUGUCAAAUUGGGGAAGGUUCAAGAUAAUUGCACAGUCAGAGAGGUGAUGGAGCUGUGCCAAAAAAGCUUAACAAACUUUAUUGAGAAAGUAUCAAACCAUCAAGUGGAGCAGUAUAAAGCCCAAGCUAAAGAAACCUGCAAAAAACUUGGUGAGCUUCUUGGGGAACAUAUUAACCUUGAUAUAUCUGAUUAAACCUUGAUAUCUGUCAUAUUUGUGUACGUCUUACGAAUAAUAAAUAUAAUCUGUACGUUAUGCCUUAAA